CCCUGCUGCCAGACUUCUUCCUGGACGACGCACCCGAGACACUGGUGAAAAAGAUGGAGGAACACGGGGCGACCCCAGCCUUCAAACCACCGCCUCCCUCCAGUGGACCAAUAGAAAGCACGUUUGACGCCAUCAGAGGAGUCAUCAACGAAGACGUCGUCAAGACAACACAGGGCAUUUAUCAGUUCGACCUAUCAGGAGAUCACAAAGGCGUUUGGUUCCUGGACUUGAAGAGCGGCGCCGGCAGCGCGGGGCCGGGCCAGCCCGUCAAAGCCGACGUCAUCAUGGCGAUGGACUCGAGCGACUUCAGCAAGAUGUUUGCAGGGGAGCUGAAGCCGACGAUGGCCUUCAUGUCGGGGAAGCUGCGGAUCAAAGGCGACAUGACGCUCGCCCUCAAACUGGAGAAACUGAUGACCCGCAUGAGCAAGGCCAAACUGUGAGACUGAAGCCCCGCCCCCAGACCCACUCAGGCCCCGCCCACCCGCUGUACAUGUUGCCUUAAUAAAAUAAUAAUGAAAUAAUAACAUUUUAAUAAAACCUUAAUAAAAAACUGAAAACGUUGUGGUUUCAUUCAGAGAACUCUGUUUAUAUCUCUGAUAUUAUUAUACUGAGGACAUUCAGCACACAGACCAUUAUUAACAUUAGAAUUAAUGUUAAUAUUCAUAUAUAAAUAUAUAUGUAUAUUUUUAUAUAUAUAUAUAUUUAUAUAUAUAUCUAUAUAUAAAUAUAUAUGUAUAUUUUUAUAUAUAUAUAUAUUUAUAUAUAUAUCUAUAUAUUUAUAUAUAGAUAUAUAUAGAUGUGUGUGUUGCAGCCAGUCACUCCACCAUCUCUCCCUGUUGCGUGUCAACAAGUGUGAAGUGUGUAUUUCAGCCUGUGUGUGUGGAUCAAUAAACUGUCUUAUGUGUAAAAGCUGGUGUCACAUUUUACACAUCAAACAAUAAAAACUGUUUAAGUAAAAA